AUGGCGAGCGCGUACUUUGAGCACGAAAGCGAAUGGCAGCUCGCUAUCUGUCGAGAAUGCCGUGUCGCGGUCUGGCCCGCGCAUAUAAUGCGACAUCUACAGAGCAACCAUCAUAGAGUAGAGCAUAAAGAAGCUCAGCGUAUUGCAGAAGAGGUACAGACAUGGCCUGGACUCGCCUUGUCUGCAAGCCAGCUUAUACUACCCAGCACCGUUAGGCCCCCAAUUGAAGCACUACCCAUCUACCAGGACGGUAUACAAUGUUGCUUAGAGCCCGAGUCGUGUCGAUACGUCUGCCGGAGCAUAGGGACAAUACGGCGGCAUUGGCGACGGUGCCACCAAUGGUCUAGGCAGGGUCGCCAAAGCGGCGGUGGCUCCGGCUCGGCGAAGACGCAGAAGAUCGCGCAGGCCGGAGCGAGCGCAUGCCGGCCCGUGCAUUGCCAGCGCUUCUUCGCCCAUCAGGAGUGCUCGGGCUACUUCGAGGUAUGUCCGCGCCGGCAGACGGACGACGCGACGCCCGCGACUAGCCCGGAUACGGACAGCGCCGCAGCUGCAUCUGUAUGGAUGCAGGCAUGGAAGCAGGCAAACGAGGCACUCGCCGCGGCAAAGAGGGGCGCCGAGCAGAGGAUCGCCGAAGGCAACGUGGACGAGGCCAACCCGUGGCUACGCCGGACCGGCUGGGUGCCAUACUUGGCGGGACAGGACCGCGAAGUGCUCGUACAGCUGGUCGAAGAGCCGACAGCGCUGACCGAGAAGCUCGCUACAGCGGUGUGGCAGGUAAUGGCCGAUGUCGCUACGGCCAGCCAGGCGACCGUCGCUGGAAGCGGCACUUUGAUCUUGAUGCAGGCCGUAAGGACGGAGCGGGAUCAGGUCCGAUAUCAGCCGCUGCAGCCGUACCAGGACCGGACGUCGAUUAGGAAGCGCUGCCGGGUGUGGCAACAGAUGCUCGUGUUCUUCGUACGGACGCAACGUAUGCGUGACGCCGGUAGAGCCAGCGGGCCGGAGUAUCGAUUCAACCGGCGGCAGGCAGUAGCGUUUGAGCGUUUGAUGGCGGCGGCGGAGGACGUCGUAGCCGCGACAGGAGAGGAAGCUAGUCCGGAGAACGCGCCGCUGACAUCCAUCCAGCGCGCGUGUCUGGACUUCUGUAUCGAGCUGCUCAAUCAGACCGUCAGCCGGAGGGAGUACGACUGUGCGUUGAUCUGCGCGGCGGCCGUGCUUGGGGUGAACCCGACGCAGCCGGGCUGGCGCGACCCCGAGACGUAUCCACCGUUCUUGUCGGCGAUCAUCAAG